UGUAGCUUCUGCCCUUUCUCCACCCUCAACCCUGUAGAGUUCGAACAACAUGUUGGUCACUUUCAUGCCAAUGAGAAAACACAACACUGCCCGCAGUGCAACUUUGUAACAGCUCACAAAAGAGUCCUGAAAAGACACAUGCUGAUGCAUACUGGUAAGAUAUUCAAUUUUUCAACAUAGAUCAUUAAGUGCUUAUAGGGAUAGGUCACUCAAAAGAAAAUUAGUCAUUUUAUUCAUACUCUUGUCAUUCCAACCCUGUAUUAUUUUGUAUUUUUCAUGAAAUAAUAAAAAAGAAUUAGGCCCUAUUCUUUACAAUAAAGUACAUAAACGUAACAAAAGUAGUUCAUAAAAAUUGUGUGAAAUAUUCCAAGUAUUCUGAAGUCACACAAUAUAUUUGUGUGAGGAACCAAAUGAAAUGUAUGUAUCUUCCCCUUUGCUGUAGCUCUCAAAUUUCAUAACAUUCACACAAAGUUAUAUUUUGUCUGCAGCAAACUUAAAAUACUGUAAAGCACACAAGUUUACUUGAGUUGCUUUUAUGAUACUUUUACAGUGUUUUUCCCCCUUUUUUGGAGCUUGCCAGUAUUUAUUUAUUUAUUAGUUUAUUUAACAGGGACAAUGCAGUAUAACAUUGCUACAAUUUCAAGCAGCCAAUGCUCCACAUACAGGCUUCUUGUCAAAGGCUAAUUUGAAGCCCCAAUCCCUGGUUAGGCUUUUUAACAACAAUAAACAAUAAUCACACAAAAAAACUAAGCAAAAGUAAAAAAAAAAUUACAAUAAUAAAAGAAAGCUGAAACUGUGUACGGCCAUCAGUGUUUUCAAAUUUAUACAAUUUUCAAAACUAAGCAAACUAUAUUUUCAUAAAAUAUUACAAUGAUGCCAUCUAAUUGGUUUCUUGUCCAAAAUUUUUAGUGUUUGUGUUUAUAUAGAGAUCUAGCAGGUUUGAUAGUCAGUUGAGAGAGUCACAAUCCAUUAAUCACCAUCCACUUUUAUUCUGUGGAAAAGAGCAGCGUGGAUAUUCUGCUUUACAUAUUCAUUUGCGUUUCACCGAAAAUAAUACAGGGUUUGAAAUGAAAUGACUGAGUAAAUGAUAAUAGCAUUUUAUUUUUUAAUUAACUAUUCCUUCAGAAUUACUAUUCCUUCAGUCAUGGCUAGACAGAUUGAACAUUUGUAUUUACAGGUGAAAAGCCCCACAAAUGUACACAAUGUGACUUCAGAUGCCGUGAUGAGACGUACCUUUCGAAGCACAUGCUGACGCACUCCAAUGACAAGCAGCACAUGUGCUCAGAAUGUGGAUAUGUUACGAAAUGGAAACACUAUCUCAGUGUCCACAUGCGUAAGCAUGCAGGAGAUCUGAGGUUUGUACCUUGUUUGUAACUAAAAUGUAAUAAAACAUUUCAGUUGAUUUUACUAAAAACAUUUUACUGACCUGCCUCUCAUCUCUCUCAGGUACAAAUGUAAUCAGUGUCCAUAUCGUUGCCACCGCAUUGACCAGCUGAACAGCCAUAAACUCCGUCACCAGGAAAAAUCCCUGAUCUGUGAGGUGUGUGCAUACUCCUGCAAGAGAAAAACUGAACUGCGCAACCACAUGCAGCUGAAGCACUCCACAAACGCAGAUCCCCAACCUCCUGUUUACCAGUGCAAGUUUUGCCCUUACACAACAAAGUACCGGCAAGCCCUGCAUAACCAUGAGAACUGCAGACACACCCGGACACGUGUGUUCCGGUGCGCGCUCUGCCAGUACACCACAUUUAGCAACACCGGCCUUUUCCUGCACAAAAAGAAAUCUCACGGAUAUGUGCCUGGAGAUGUGGGGUGGCUUGAGAAGUAUGCAGAGAAAGAGAAAGAGCAGAGCUCUGCGGAUUUGACACACAACUUUUUCUCCAAAACCGCAGCACCUCAAACUUCAGAUUCAGAAUAUAGGGAAGAAACAGGUAAUACAAAACAGUCUAAUAAGACUGUAGAUGACUCGCAAGAUAUGUCUAUAAAUGAUAAUGAGGAUGAAGCAAUAGCAGCCACUAUUGGACGAACUGAGGAAAUGACUUCGGUACGGCAGGUCAGUCUUGGUAUUGAGUCUGCAAGAGAAGAGGCAAGUAAUCUUUCUGAAGGACAUCCAACUGAUGAAGAGCAGUGCGGCACCCCACUUUUUACUUCCCAAACCAGCACGGAGAGCACACAAAUGAUACUUGCUGAGACAGUAAACAUACAGGACACUGCAUUUGAUGCACAAGUUAAGAGUCAUGUUGAAUUUCACACAUUGCAUACAAUCCACCAGAACUUCCCAGAACCAUCAGUUGAGGAUGAUGAUGUCAAUGCAGGUUGUGAGGAUCAAAGUGACUCUGAAGACCGGCCUCCAGUGACAGAGACUGUAAGGAGCAGGGAGGGACAACAUCAGGAUAACUCUGUAGAACCCUCAGCUUCUGAGACUUGUCUGCAGGUCAUGAGAAAACAGGAUAAAGACCAGGCUAAAGCACUCAUACUAGAGGGCAAGGUGCGGAUGCUUGUUGUCCAGACGCGGGACAAUAUGUAUCAGUGUAGCCGUUGCUCCUAUGUGACCAGAAAGCAGGCAGCAUUAAUCCGGCACUGCAAGUCAUCUUGCCAGGUCAUGAAAGCAGGACUACGUUGCCAGGACUGUGGCAUGAAAUUUAAACAGCAACGUUCUUUGAACACUCACCGCCUCCGGAAGUGCCUGUCACUGUUGAGGGGCAGAAAGAAGUUUGAUUUUGCAAGCACUGUAGGUAAAUCAGGGAGUUGUGUAGGUAGUUCAGGGAAUGACACAUCUAUACAGAUGCAGAGUACGACUCCUAAAUCAGGAUCCCUCACAAUUCAACCUGAACCUUUUGAAGUCACUGAUUCUACAGAUUCAAGAGUACAAGGUUCAGCUGAACCUGAAAGCCCACAGUCUCCUAUUAUAACUGUAGUAAAUGAGACUGAUUCACUGACAAGCACAUCCAAAGGAGGGAAGGCAACUGUCGGGAGUAGAAACAAGCUGGCUGAAGUGGAGGGAUCGGUAAAUGAUGAGACCUCUGGCUAUAUUGAAGAUGAUGGUAGGUAUACUUGCAGAAAGUGUCAUUUCUCAUCUGUCAGGAAAGUCACAAUAGAUCGGCAUUGUGCAACGUGUAGCAGAAGCACCCAUAAGGUACAUCUGGCUGAAAUGGUAGAGCAGUUUGAGCAAGAGAAUAAUCCUAGUGACUCAGACCAUGAUCCGGAGGAAGAUGGGGCAAAUGAUUCGGAAAGAGAUUCAGGAGAAGAAGAGAGACCUCAAAACCCCAAACCUCGAUUCUCAUGUCCCAACUGUCCUUUUCUCUGUCACCAGAAGAGAGCUCUUGCAAGCCAUGAGAUAAAGGGCUGUUUAAAACCAGAUGAAUUACAGUGUCUGCACUGUUCAUUUGUUGCCAAAUCAGAAAAAUCUCUCAAUCAUCAUAUCCUGGGUCAUAAGAAAGACAAGAAGGCUACUAGAGGUAAAAUUUCAGGUAACCUUCAGUGCAAUCUUUGCUCCUUUUCCUGCAAACAAAAGCGCUGCCUUACACAGCAUGUUGCCGUGAAGCACGAGGGAGUCCGUCCUUACCGAUGCCGCUUCUGUUCAUUUAGCACAAUUCGUCGCUACCGGCUGGAGGCCCAUGAGUCCAUGCACACAGGUGUUGGGAGACAUAGCUGUGAACUCUGUGGCCAAACUUUCGGGACCACGUCCAGACUACGCUUGCACCAUCAACGCAUUCAUGACAAACAGGCAACGCACUUCUGUUCGCUUUGUGAUUACAGAGCAUAUAACCUCAACGACAUCAACCGCCACAACUUGAGCUGCCACACUGGUGAUCUUACAUACCAUUGCAGCCAAUGCAGUGCACGUUUCAGCUCCGAAGUUGCCCUGAAGCAGCACUACAACAGAGCACAUCCAGAUGCUAAGAGCCUGUCUUGCACCCAGUGUAACUUUACCUGCAGCCGCCAAGCUGCUCUCAAAGCACAUAUGCAGCGUGAACAUUCUGAAAUCAAGACAAAAGAUCCUCAAGAUGGUCCUGAAAAACUAAGUAAAAUAUCCAUCACCCAUCAGUGCUUGGUUUGUUCCUUUAGCACCCAUAAAAGGCUCCUUCUGGUCCAGCACAUGUUAGAUGAGCAUGAAGAUGGGCCAGCAGAGGAGAAAACUCUCAAGUGUGAUGUCUGUGGUUUCUCUUGCACCCACCAAGUGGUGUUUGACCAGCAUGUGCGGUCACAUGGAGGAACAUGCCUCUUUAAGUGCACUGAAUGUGAGUUUUCCACCAGGAACAAACAGAAGAUCACAUGGCAUAUUCGAAUCCAUACAGGAGAGAAACCUUACCACUGUGAGAUGUGCAACUAUGCAUGUGCUGAUCCUUCAAGACUAAAGUAUCAUAUGAGGAUUCACAUGGAGGAACGAAAAUAUCUCUGCCCAGAAUGUGGCUACAAAUGCAAAUGGGUUAACCAACUGAAGUAUCACAUGACAAAACAUACAGGUGCCAAACCGUACGCAUGUGAGGACUGCGAGUACCGCACCAACCGUGCUGAUGCCCUGCGCAUCCACCGAGAGACACGCCACAGAGACGUGCGUUCCUUCAUAUGCGAGAAGUGUGGAAAUGCUUUCAAGACACGCUUUCUGCUCAAGACACACCAGAGAAAGCACAGCGAGGAACGGCCUUACGUGUGCUCCAUAUGUCAAAGGGCUUUCCGCUGGCCUGCGGGUCUCCGCCAUCAUUACCUGUCCCACACCAAUCAGCUGCCAUUUAACUGCCUCCACUGUCCCUAUCGGGCCAAACAGAAAUUUCAGGUUGUGAAGCACCUUCAGAGACACCAUCCAGACUUGCCUGUCCAAGAUGGUGUGGGUAAAGACCAAGAGACCUCAAGUAUGGGUACACAGAAGACAUGGAUUGGUGAAGAGAGACAAGAGGAUGGGCAAACUGCUUUAGAGCACAUGCAAACAGCAAGGGACAUGUAAGCCAUGCACUGUUUCUGUAUGCAUUUCAAUUGAUAUUUGUUCAUCAUGUGAAAGUAUUACAUGUCAUUGUAUUCAGUACCCUCAUUCAAACCACACAGAAUAAACAUUUUUUUACAGCAUG